CAACCCAACAUGUGUGAAUCAACCGUUAUGAAGUCGGAAGAUGGUAAGCCAGUCCAGCCUGAGGGCUCUGUUCCAGUAGCACCUAUUACUGCACCGGCCAAGCUUUCUGUAGCUGGGGAGGCGCCAGAGCAGACAUAUAAGAUCGCUGAGCUGCUGAAACAAUGGCCUGCCGUUGUAAUCGCAAUCCAGAAGAGCAGAGAUGCGUAUCGCUCUGUAAAGCAAAAGGCCACUAUUAUCACCUGGUCACUUAACUUGUCCGAGAAAGUUGUUGCUUCGGUUCUCGAACUUGCAGAACGUAAACUGAGCAGAUUGCGUCCAAUUAUUCAGUACGCAGACAAAGCAGCUAGUGAAGGCGUGGUAUUAAUAGAGAAGAAAUUUCCCGCAGUGAGGGAAUCACCUGAAAAGCUGUACGAUGCUAUCACACAACACAUAACGAAGAUGGUGCGCCCCGCACUAGAUAAAACGGAAGCUGUAAGCGAAAUCGGCAGGAAGAGACUUGACAGGGUUGCUACAACGAUAAUCAAGAAGUACAACAGUGUGAUCAAGAUCGUGGACAGCUGGAUGGACAAGCUGGAGGACCAACUGGACUGCGCAGAAGCUGAAGCAGUCAGUGGUGCAGAGACAGCUGCGGCAGAGGCGACAUCUUCUGCGGCACGGACCCAAACAACCACCACCCCGACACCUGCGGGCCACGUUUGGCAGGAGCUGCGGCUGGAACUUCGAGCCACCACGGCGCUGGCCGCCUUCCAGGUGGGGGCAGCCCUCUGGCUGCUGUCGCGGGCGCCGCUCCUGGGCCGCUUCUUCAGGGAGGCGCCGCCGCCCACACACGCCCUUUCGCCGUCUUCGUCCUCCAGCGACGCCUCAUUCGCCAGACUCCCUACUCAGACGGCUGCAGAGCAGGAACAGCCGUUGCCCACAGCUCAGUCCACGGACUCAUUCCACACGGAGCAGUUCAUCCCAUUGCCACAGCAGUGAUCACCGCCAGAUAUCUUCCCGUAAUUCGAAACUUUGCUUAAUGCAUGUAGUCCAGAGAAUUGGUUUUAACUUAUUUAUUGGUGAAAUAAAACGAAAUACUGGCAUCCGUGUGUACACUACUUUCACUCGUAUUACUGGAAUAAUGGCAUAAUAAAGUGCGCGUCAUUUACGACGGCGGACGAGUUCAGGUUCGUUCUGCACAUCUGACGUCGCAACACAGUCAGCCAAUCAAUAGAGAACGAUGUUGCCAGAGCUCGACUACAGUUCAGAGCACGGACGACUGUCUUCAGUCUUAGAAACGUUCAGUCAUAAAUAAA